AGGCAAGGGCAAGGGCAUUGGGGCUGGCCGAUUCGGUCGUUAGGUGGGUUGCUACUGCCAUCCCCAUUCCCGUCCGCGUUGAUGUAAAACAAGGGCGGGCGGACGGGGGCCGAGUCGUCAACGCUCAACUGCCAUCCCCAACCUCCUUCGUGGGUUUCCACCAUCGACAUCCCUUGGUUAACAACUCAAUUAUCCACCACCUCUAGGGACAACUCCGUCGCGACGCCAUAGCGCAACCAUGCCGCCGCAGACACAAAUACAGGCGAACGGACAGCCGGUGGUCCCUGUGGAUACCAUGGGCCUCCGCGCGGUCUUGGUCUUCGGCUCCAUCGCCGGUGUUGGCAAAACCAUAGUCACCACCGCCCUCUGUAUAGAGGUCGAAGGGAGGCGAGCACAACGAACGUGGUAUCUGCGACCGACCACUAUGAAUGGCGACGACACUGAUGCCAGGCAUGUCGAGGCGUUCUGUGACGCCGAGACCCAAAUUGUGCGGCAAUGUGGUGAAGAGAACCCGGACCUCGAUGAGCUUGAGUCAGCGCCGACUCGAUCGAACGGAAAUAGCCAUGCUCACACCGUCAGUGACGGGGAUGCGGUCGAUGAUAUCAUGCGCUUUAUUGGGCUCUGCGCCGGUGAAGCCAGAGAGAAUGGUGGUUGGGUGUUUAUCGAGCCCCCGGACGGCGUCAUGACCCCUUCCUUUACAGGCCUGCCCCACGCUGAGGAAUACCGACCGCUGGGGUUUCCAGUUGUGCUCGUCGGACCCAGUUAUCACGACGGCGUCUCGGCCACCAUUUCGGCCUUUGAGUCGCUCGAACUGAGGGGCUACAAUGUGAUGGCAUUGGUGGUGUUUCGAGAGGAGAGGUGGAAGAACUAUCGUUACCUGGAUCAGUAUUUUCGGCGCCGGCACCCGUCGGUUCGGAUACUCACGUUACCAGACGUACCGACUCAUAGGGCCGACGCUGGCGAGGCUUUUAAGGAAUACUACAACACUAUAUAUGACUGCAGCAUCCUCAGUCCUCUUAUUUCCUUGCUCGAUACCGCCUACCGAUGACGACCGUCCCGGGUAUCAGUCAGCCGCGAUCUGGGCAGCGCGCAAAACACCACACUACUACUUUGAACAAUGAAGCGGCAUAAGCGUAUCAAAGACUCGAGUGUCAGAUAGCCGAGACAGCAUGACUGAGACAAAUAAUUGGGUACGCCAUAAGAGGCAC